AUGGGGCUCAACUUGACACUUGCAAAAUUACCAGAUAAUGAGCUGCAUGGCCCAGGGAAUCACACCCCAAGUAACACAAGCGAUGGACCUGGAAAGAACACCACCGUUCACAACGAAUUCGACACUAUCGUCUUGCCCGGGCUUUACCUCGUUAUAUUCGUGGCAAGCAUCUUGCUGAAUGGUCUAGCAGUAUGGAUCUUCUUUCACAUUAGGAAUAAAACCAGCUUCAUAUUUUAUCUCAAAAACAUAGUGGUUGCCGACCUCAUAAUGACACUGACGUUUCCAUUUCGAAUAGUCCACGAUGCAGGACUUGGACCUUGGUACUUCAAGUUUAUCCUCUGCAGAUACUCUUCGGUUUUAUUUUACGCCAACAUGUAUACUUCCAUUGUGUUUCUUGGGCUAAUAAGCAUUGAUCGCUACCUGAAGGUGGUAAAGCCAUUUGGUGACUCUCGCAUGUACAGCAUAACCUUUACAAAGGUUUUAUCUGUUUGUGUUUGGGUGCUCAUGGCUGUCCUGUCCUUGCCAAACAUCAUUCUAACCAAUGUCCAACCAACGAGGGAAAAUAUUCAUGAGUGCACGAAACUUAAGAGUCCUUUGGGAGUGAAAUGGCAUAACGCCAUCACUUACGUCAACAGCUGCUUGUUCGUGGUUGUGCUGGUGAUACUGAUCGGGUGUUACAUUGCUAUUUCCAGGUACAUUCACAAAUCCAGCAGGCAAUUCAUAAGCCAGUCAAGCCGAAAGCGAAAACACAACCAGAGCAUUAGAGUGGUCGUGGCUGUGUUCUUUACCUGUUUUCUACCCUAUCACUUGUGUAGGAUUCCCUUUACUUUCAGUCACUUGGACAGACUUUUAGAUGAGUCAGCACACAAAAUCUUGUAUUACUGCAAAGAAAUGACACUUUUCCUGUCUGCGUGCAACGUGUGCCUGGACCCAAUCAUUUACUUUUUCAUGUGUCGCUCAUUUUCAAGAAGGCUAUUCAAAAAAUCAAACAUCAGAACAAGGAGCGAAAGCAUCCGAUCACUACAGAGUGUUAGAAGAUCCGAGGUCCGCAUAUACUAUGAUUAUACUGACGUGUAG